CGUUAUUUUUCCAUAUAAAGUAAAACAAAAUGUCCCCAUUUUAUUGUCUUUAUUGCAACAUGUUCAGCAGUCAGAGUGACUUUCCACUUUUUUUUUUAAAUGUUUUCUUUUUCCUGAUAAUCAGGUGAGGGUGCAUUGGAUUGCAGCAGGUCACAUGACUCACCUGUGCCCCACUGCUCUGCUCCUGCCAAAUCCCUGUUAUAUAUGAACAGUAUUCAGAUAUAAGAGCCAAUAACCACGAGAGAGAGAAAACAGAACAAAGGAGAACACAAGAGCAAAACUUGUGGAGACAUUAUGGAGUUUUCUGCUACAGUGAUCUUAGCUGGGCUGAUCUUUGCUCUGCUGUGGCUGUUUACUGUUAAAAACAGUAAGAAGUAUCGUUUGCCUCCGGGACCCUUUGCUUUUCCCCUCAUAGGAAACCUGCCGCAAAUAGACAAGAAUAGACCAUUUGAAAGCUUUCUUAAGUUCAGUGAAACCCAUGGACCUGUGAUGACAUUAUACCUGGGCUGGCAGCGGGUGGUUGUACUGGUGGGGUACAAUGCAGUGAAAGAAGCCUUGGUGGACCAGGCAGAUGAAUUCAUAGGCAGAGCACCAGUUCCUUUUAUACAGAAAGCUACGAAGGGAUAUGGUAUAGCGAUCAGUAAUGGGGAACGCUGGCAGCAGCUGCGCCGUUUCACUCUGACAACCCUACGAGAUUUUGGGAUGGGACGUAAAGGGAUGGAGGAGUGGAUCCAAGAAGAGAGCCAACACUUGAAGGCUCGGAUACGUUCAUUCAAAGGUGAAGCGUUCGACCCCGCUUUCUUGUUGAGCCACACCGUGUCUAAUGUGAUCUGCUGUUUGGUUUUUGGCCAGCGGUUCACUUAUGAAGACAAGCAAUUUUUGAAUCUUCUUAGCAUCAUAAAUACAAUUUUAAGGUUCCUCAGCAGCCCAUGGGGUGUGCUGUACAACAUCUUCCCCUGGCUCAUGGAACAUCUUCCUGGCUACCAGCACACUGUUUUUGGCAAUGUCAAGGAGGUCAGACGCUUUAUCAAGAUGAAGAUCCAAGAGCACAAAGCAACUCUGGACCCCAGCUCCCCAAGAGACUUUAUUGACUGCUUCCUCAUCCGAUCUGAUCAGGAAAAAGACAAUCCAAAAACCGAAUUCCAAAAUGAAAACUUAAUUUCAACAGGAAUGAAUCUGUUCCUGGCUGGAACAGAAACCACCAGCUCCACCAUCAGAUAUGCUCUCAGUGUGCUGAUCAAAUACCCGGACAUACAGGAGAAAAUGCAACAGGAGAUCGACACUGUAAUUGGACUGGAUCGAUGUCCCAGCAUGGAGGACCGGAAAUCCCUCCCUUUUACAGAUGCUGUCAUCCAUGAGGUGCAACGUUUUCUGGACAUUGGCCCUUUCAGUCUCCCUCACUGUGCACUGAAGGACAUCUCCUUCAGGGGUUAUACAAUCCCCAAGGACACUCUGAUUAUACCUUUCUUGCACUCUGUGCUGAAGGAGGAAAAGCAUUGGGCAACUCCCAGGUCCUUCAACCCCCAGAACUUCCUUGAUCAGAAUGGGAACUUUAAGAAAAAUCCUGCAUUCCUGCCAUUUUCUGCAGGGAAAAGAUCCUGUGUUGGUGAGUCUCUGGCUCGCAUGGAGCUCUUCCUCUUCACCGUAUCCCUCCUGCAGGGUUUCACCUUUUCUUCCCCUGGUGGACCUGAUAGUAUCAACCUCGUUCCAGAGUACAGCAGCUUUGCCAAUGUGCCUCGUAUGUAUGAAACCAUUGCCACACCACGGUGAAAGGAAAA